CCUUCGGUCGAUGAAAUCACUGGAUUUCAACACAAGAUCGCAAAUAACGAGGUAAGAUAAUCAUUUAUUUUGUUGAAGGAAAUGGAUACCCUGUGAGAGCGAUUUAUUAUGUGUUAUGUUAUCUAUUUUACCCCUAUUUUACUCUUGUUUUACCCAUAUUUGCCCCUGUUUUACCCAUAUUUACCCCUCUUUUACCCCUCUUUUACCAAGACAAGGCUUACUUACUUACAGUACAUUUGGAAAGUAUUCAGACCCCUUUACUUUUUCCACAUUUUGGUACGUUACAGCCUUAUUCUAAAAUUGAUUAAAUUGUUUCGUUUUUCCUCAUCAAUCUACACACAAUACCCCAUAAUUACAAAGCAAAAACAGGUUUUUAUAAAUUUUUGCAAAUGUAAAAAAAAAAAAAAGGAAAUAUUACAUUUACAUAAGUAUUCAGACCCUUUACUCAGUACUCUGUCGAAGCACCUUUGGCAGCUAUUACAGCCUUGAGUCUUCUUGGGUAUGACGCUACAAGCUUGGCACACUUGUAUUUGGGGAAUUUCUCCCAUUCUUCUCUGCAGAUCCUCUCAAGCUCUGUCAGGUUGGAUGGGGAGCAUUGCAGCACAGAUAUGUUCAGGUCUCUCCAGAGAUGUUAGAUCGGGUUCAAGUCCGGACUCUGGCUGGGCCACUCAAGGACAUUCAGAGACUUGUCCCGAAGCCACUCCUGAAAAACAUCCCCACAGCAUGAUGCUGCCACCACCAUGCUUCACCGUAGGGAAGUUGCCAGGUUUCCUCCAGACAUGACACUUGGCAUUCAGGCCAAAGAGUUCCAUUUUGGUUUCAUCAGACCAGAGAUUCUUGUUUCUCAUGGUCUGAGAGUCUUUAGGGGCCUUUUGGCAAACUCCAAGCAGGCUGUCAUGUGCCUUUUACUGAGGAGUGGCUUCCUUCUGGACACUACCAUAAAGGCCUGAUUGGUGGAGUGCUGCAGAGAUGGUUGUCCUUCUGGAAGGUUCUCCCAUCUCCACAGAGGAACUCUGGAGCUCUGUCAGAGUGACCAUCGGGUUCUUGGUCACCUCCCUGACCAAGGUCCUUCUCCCCCUAUUGCUCAGUUUGGCCAGCUCUAGGAAUAGUCUUGGUUCCAAACUUCUUCCAUUUAAGAAUGAUGGAGGCCACUGUGUUCUUGGGGACCUUCAAUGCUGCAGAAUGUUUUUGGUACCCUUCCCCAGAUCUGUGCCUCGACACAAUCCUGUCUCGGCGCUCUACGGACAAUUCCUUCAACCUCGUGGUUUGGUUUUUGCUCUAACAUGCACUGUCAACUGUGGGACCUUAUAUAGACAGGUGUGUGCCUUUCCAAAUCGUGUCCAAUCAAUUGAAUUUACCACAGGUGGACUCCAAUCAAGUUGUAGAAACAUCUCAAAGAUGAUUAAUGGAAACAGGAUGCACCUGAGCUCAAUUUAGAGUCUCAUAGCAAAGGGUUUGAAUGCGUAUGUAAAUAAGGUAUUUCUGUUUUUUAUUGUUAAUACAUUUGCUAAGAAAUCUAAAAACCUGUUUUUUCGCUUUGUCAUUAUUGGGUAUUGUGUGUAGAUUGAUGAGGGGAAAAAAACGAUUUAAUCAAUUUUAGAAUAAGGCUGUAACAUAACAAAAUGUGGAAAAAGUAAAGCUGUCUGAAUACUUUCCGAAUGCACUGUAUACUUACCUCUUAUACUCACCUGACUGCCCCCGUUUAUUUAUUAGAUUAAUCCCCAUUGUCCACAACAAAAUAGAUACAUUAGAAGAAGCCUGUAUUUUCUAUGGUUUUUUAUUGAAUAACAAGGCUAUGGUUGCCAGUAGAGCUGUGACUGUGAGAGACGUGGAGCCUGUACUGUGAAUAUGGCAUGUCUGUGUCACGUUCAGUUUUCUGCUUGACUUCAUGGAGUCAGCUAGCUGGUUUAAACCAGACUGAAAGCUGUGCUCAGAGCCAUCAUUGUGCACCUAGCAUUCAGUCUGGUUUAACCAGGCUAGGAGUCGGCAGCAGCGUUCACAUUAGUGCAAGGCAAGGGCCACAUGAUAUUGCACUAUUCAUUGAAGAGAGGGCGAGAUGGAGGGAGGAGAGGGAGAGGAGAGAGAGAGAGAGAGAGAGAUAGAGAGAGAGAGAGAGAGAGAUAGAGAGAGAGCGAGAGAGAUAGAGAGCGAGAAGAGAUAGAGACGCAGAAGACGAUAGAAUCGAGAUAUCGUAUCUCAUAGUACUAGCUGUACUCGCAUCUCUUCGCUCUAGUCAGCCAUCGCUCCUCUCUCUGAUCUGAUCGACUAGAGAGGUCUUUUGUUAACUUAUAUACAUUCCUAUUCUGAAAUAACUGAGAGCAUGUAUUUAAAGACUGUGAUAAAAAUAAAAUAAACAAAUCUCUGUCUCAUCAUCACCAAAGCUAUGCUAUAAAUGUACUGUAGCAUAACACUGUUCUUCUGUUGCUUCUUGGAUUACUCCAAGCGGGCUGUCAUGUGCCUUUUACUGAGGAGUGGCUUCCGUCUGGACACUACCAUAAAGGCCUGAUUGGUGGAGUGCUGCAGAGAUUUUUGCCCUUCGGGAAGGGAACCAUUAUUGGGCAUUGUCAUCAUCCCCAUUCUAAAAUCUGGGAUAAAGCUGCUUUAACAGAGGGCCAGGUUCAAAAAAAUUUUUAAUUUUCCCCUCCUGUUUAGAAACUGGGUAGCCUAGUGGUUAAAAGUGUUGGUCCAGUAACCGAAAUCUGUCGACGUGCCCUUGAGCAAGGCACUUAACCCUCAUUGCUCCUGUAAGUCGCUCUUGAUAAGAGUGUCUGCUAAAGGACUAAAAUGUCAAAUGCUACCCUUUGUUAACCGGCUGUAUUUUCUGUCCAUCCUGUCAUUGGGUUCCGCUAUCUACUCCAGAAUCCAUAGACAUAUUUCUCCUGCAUCUAUAAGACUACUGAUCGCUAAGCUUACCCAUUGUUAACAGGCUCCAUCCUGUCCUUGUCCUUCUAUCUCUCUACCACCAGAGAGGCCAUCAGUUUGGUGUGUGAGGCAGUCCCGGGGGCCAAAGGAGCACUGCGGAAGAGAAAGGUACCCCUAACCUACUCCCCAUAUCUGGGCAGGGAGAGAGGGAGGGAAAGACUUCUGAGUGUAAUGUUUACUGUUAAUAUUUAUUGUUUAUUUCACUUUUGUUUACUAUCUACUUCACUUGCUUUGGCAAUGUUAAACAUACGUUUCCCAUGCCAAUAAAGCCCUUAAUUAAAUUUUUAAAAAAAACGGGGCCCAUUUUAAACCCCCUUUUUUUCCCCCCCAAAAUUCGGGGCCCCUUUUCCCCUUUUGUUUUCUUGAUGGAGAAAUAAUCCAAGGAGUCCCUUUUUUUUUUUUUGGGCAAGAUUCCCCCAAAUGACUUUAGGGGAAUUGAUUUUUCAUGUAUGAUAAGAAAAUCACAAUAGGACGAAAAGAGUGGGGAGCCAUGCGGGGUUGUUCCCCGGGGGGGUUGAAUGCAGUGUUGCCCUUUGUAGGGGGGGGAUCCAUGCAAAAGGGGGUUAAAGGAAGGGGGGAAGAGGGGGAGGGGGGGUGGAAGGGGGCCCCCAGGGGGGGUUUAAGAGGGGGGCCCCGGGGUUGGGGGGAAGUAGGGCCCCAGGGGGGUGUUUUAUCCAUCUAAUUUUUCUUUUCCCUUUUCCUCUAUUGGGGUUUGAUCCAUGCUAUGGUCUGUCUCCUAAGUGUGGGGUGUUUAUCCAGCUAUUUCUGUCUCCCGUAGUGGGGGUUUGUCCAUGCUAUAGCUGUCUCCUCUAGUGGGGGGUUUUAUCCUGAAUGUCUGUUCCUCUGUGUGGGGGGUUGAUCCUGCUUUAAUUUCGUCCCUUUUGUAGUGGGGGGGGGUUGAUCCCUAUGUGUCUGUCUCCCCCGUAGUGUGGGGUGUUAUCCCUGCUAUUUCUGUCUCCCCUUGUGUGGGGGGGUUGACCAUGCUAGUUCUGUCUCCUCUAGUGUGGGGGGUUGAUCCUGCUAUUGUCUGUUCCUGUAGUGUGGGGGGUUGACCCUGCUAUUUUCUGUCUCCCCCGUAGGUGGGGUGUUGACCUCUUGCUGUUCCUCUAGGUGGGGUGUUUUACCUGCUAUAUUUUGUCUCCUCGUAUUGGGGUGUUUUAUCCAUGCUAUGGUCUGUCUCCUCGUAGUGUGGGGUGUUGAUCCAUGCUAUAUGUCUGUCUCCUCGUAGUGUGGGGUGUUGAUCCAUGCUAUGUAUCUGUCUCCUCGUAGUGUGGGGUGUUGAUCCAUGCUAUGUGUCUGUGUCCUCGUAGUGUGGGGUGUUGAUCCAUGCUAUGUGUCUGUCUCCUCGUAGUGUGGGGUGUUGAUCCAUGCUAUGUGUCUGUCUCCUCAUAGUGUGGGGUGUUGAUCCAUGCUAUAUGUCUGUCUCCUCGUAGUGUGGGGUGUUGAUCCAUGCUAUAUGUCUGUCUCCUCUUUAGUGUGGGGUUUGUUGAUCCAUGCUAUAUGUCUGUCUCCUCGUAGUGUGGGGUGUUGAUCCAUGCUAUGUAUCUGUCUCCUCGUAGUGUGGGGUGUUGAUCCAUGCUAUGUGUCUGUCUCCUCGUAGUGGGGGGGGUGUUGAUCCAUGCUAUAUGUCUGUCUCCUCGUAGUGGGGGGUGUUGAUCCAUGCUAUGUGUCUGUGUCCUCGUAGUGUGGGGUGUUGAUCCAUGCUAUAUGUCUGUCUCCUCGUAGUGUGGGGUGUUGAUCCAUGCUAUAUGUCUGUCUCCUCGUAGUGUGGGGUGUUGAUCCAUGCUAUAUGUCUGUCUCCUCGUAGUGUGGGGUGUUGAUCCAUGCUAUAUGUCUGUCUCCUCGUAGUAUGGGGUGUUGAUCCAUGCUAUAUGUCUGUCUCCUCGUAGUGUGGGGUGUUGAUCCAUGCUAUGUGUCUGUGUCCUCGUAGUGUGGGGUGUUGAUCCAUGCUAUGUGUCUGUGUCCUCGUAGUGUGGGGUGUUGAUCCUGCUAUGUGUCCUGUGCCUCGUAGUGUGGGGUGUUGAUCCAUGCUAUGUGUCGUUGUCCUCGUAGUGUGGGGUGUUGAUCCAUGCUAUGUGUCUGUGUCCUCGUAGUGUGGGGUGUUGAUCCAUGCUAUAUGUCUGUCUCCUCAUAGUGUGGGGUGUUGAUCCAUGCUAUGUGUCUGUCUCCUCGUAGUGUGGGCUGUUGAUCCAUGCUGUGUUUCUGUCUCCUCGUAGUGUGGGGUGUUGAUCCAUGCUAUAUGUCUGGUCUCCUAUAGUGUGGGGUGUUGAUCCAUGCUAUGUGUCUGUCUCCUCGUAGUGUGGGGUGUUGAUCCAUGCUAUGUGUCUGUCUCCUCGUAGUGUGGGGUGUUGAUCCAUGCUAUGUGUCUGUCUCCUCGUAGUGUGGGGUGUUGAUCCAUGCUAUGUGUCUGUGUCCUCGUAGUGUGGGGUGUGUGUGGUGCGUUACUGUGUGGAUCCAGGCUAUGUGUUUGAGCUGGAGAUGGGGAGCCAUGUUAGCUAGCUAUGGGCCUGAAAGGAGCUCGUGUCCUCUUACAAUAAAAUGAAUCAGAGCAAUAUUCAGAUUGCAUACCAUGCUAGCCUUUCCAGUGUAUAUCUGUGUCUAACACAUUGCCCAAUUGGCUCUGCCUGGGAGAAUAGAAUAAUAUAACGAUCUGAUGUCGUUAAACUGUAGACUAUCAUAGUAUAGCUGCUGCUUCAGUGUACUGACACUUUGGGUGUUACAAAUAAAAUGUAUUAUUAUUAUUAUUAUUCCUGUAUUUGUGCAUGAUGUACAACUCAUCUCCUACCUGCCUCUCUUCUCUCCCCCAAGCCUCCAUCUAAAGCCCUGUCCAGUAUCCUGGGGAAGAGGAACCUCCAGUUUGCUGGGAUGAGCAUCAACUUGAAUAUCUCCACCAGUAGCCUCAACCUGAUGACCCCAGACUCCAAACAGGUCCGUUUAGAAACCAUGCAAAGUUCCUUUUGUUAAGAAAAUAUAUUUCUGUAAGAGAUGUCAAGAACAGUUAGACUACUGUGCUAUUUGGUGUCCUGAUCAAUAUGUCUUUAUUAUUCUACCAGAUCAUAGCCAAUCAUCAUAUGCAGUCCAUUUCCUUUGCAUCGGGCGGAGAUCCAGUGAGUGAUCCAGUAAGAACCAUUUUUUAUAUCGGUUUAUUUUGUGUAUCACUCAUGUCAACCCAAUGUAUUAAAACAUCUAUACAUUCAUAUGUGGACUCUCCUUAGGACUGCUGUAGAUUUCAGUGUAUAAAUGUCUUCUUGGUUUGCUUUUCCUUUGAUGACUCUGUUCACCGUUGACUAUUUUCCCUUUCCUUGGUCCAGGACACGACUGAUUAUGUUGCCUAUGUAGCGAAAGAUCCUGUCAACCGAAGAGGUAGGCUCUACCUGUAUUUCUCUUCUUCUGCUUCUUCUGCUUCUUCUUCUUCUUCUUCUUCUUCUUCUUCUUCUUCUUCUUCUUCUUCUUCUUCUUCACCUUUCUCCUGCUGGUAGUUGACCUCUGCACCUCCUCUCCUAGCGUGUCAUAUUCUGGAGUGUUCUGAUGGUCUGGCCCAGGAUGUGAUCAGCACCAUCGGCCAGGCCUUUGACCUCCGCUUCCAGCAGUACCUCCAGUGUCCCUCCAGCAAGAUGACCUCUGUACACGACAGGUGAGUCCGUCUGCCAUCAUAGGCGACCAUACUAUGACAUUAUUUCAUAUCUUUUCUUUAGAGCAAAAUGAGUUUGUGAAAGCACUGGUUUCCAUGGAUAUUCACUAGGUUGCUGCUUUUCGGUACUAGCAAGUGGUACUUGUUUCUAUGAAUCCCAAAGAAACAAACAAGUCAAGAAGGUUUUUACUGUGUUAUUAUGAUUUGACUAUGUCCUUACCAUCCGCCCUGCUGGACAUAUGCUGUAAUGUCGGCAGGAAGAGCUUCACGAUGCACAUAUUAAUACUGCUUUCUAGUGAGACGUGUUUCACUGCUGAUCGACCCUCUGUGCGAUGACAGGGUUCUGAAUAUGGAUGAGUCAGUCUGGACGGAGGAGGAGGAGGAGCCUGCUGAACAUCCAUACUACAACAACAUCCCCGGCAAGAUGCCGCCACCUGGAGGUUUCAUAGACACCCGGCUAGGCCAGUGCAGCCAGACUGAGGUACAGCACCCUCGCCACAUCUCACCACAUGCAGUGCCUACAACAGCCAGUACAGUGCGCUACAGUUAUCUCAACAAAAAAACGUCCUCCACCUCCCUGUAAUAAUAUCAUAAUAUAGUAAGAUAUAGGGUUUGAUAAAUACCAGGCUAGGCCGGACCAAGCAGACUGAGGUACAGAACGCCUGGUCACACCUCACACGUACCUCAACCACCUACCUCACCAUCCACCUAGCUAUAAUAAUAUAUGCCACUUAGAAGAUGCGUUUAUCCAAAGGGUUCAACACAGUUCUGAGUACAUACGUUUUAUGUGUAUGUGAUCACUGCGGGACAUGAACCCACUAUCUUGGCGUUGCACUCUUACCAACUGAGCCACACAGUACCACAAAUCAACAUGAGGUGUACGUACGUCAUCACCAGUUACAAAUACACUUCCCAGGAUGUCCAUUCCACACUUACCUCAUCCAUCCUACCUCAUCCACACCUGACCAGCCACACCGACCUAAUCCACCACCGCAGCCGCACGGACCGCAUGCCAGCCACCGCAGCCGCACGGUACCGCAGCCAGGCGACCGCAGCCAGACGACACACCAGUCCAACCCAUCCUCACGUACCUCAUCCAUCCGACCUCAUCCAUCUACCGCACCAUCCUACCUCAUCCCACUACCUCAUCCCAUCCAUCCUACCUCAUCCUCACUUACCUCAUCCAUUCUACCUCACCCACCCCUACCUCAUCCAUUCUACCUCAUCCAUACUACCUCAUCCAUCCUACCUUAUCCAUCCUACCUUAUCCAUCCUACCUCAUCCUACCUCUUCCGUAUGUAGGCACCCAGGGCCUACAUACAUCACCACGGGCUAGAAAUACAUCCUGUUAGCCUCUGGGAUUUGAUUUGCUUCCCAAUCAUGAAUGAGAUGGAUGCUGCAGGCAGGGGAAGGAACGGAUGACAGACCUUGCAGAAGAGUUGGUGUUUUUUAUCUUUAUUUUUCUGUGACUCAUUCUGUUGUUGUUCCUGUGUCUGUCUCUGGAGCAGCAGGCCCCAGGGGCUGGGGUGGACCAGACUUACUACCAGGGUAGACACUGUGAGGAGAUCUGGGGAGCGGACAGGAGGCCUACUGGGAUACUCGUCCAACAGGGUAAAAGAGGAUCUGUCUGUCUCUGGUCUCUCUUUCUCUCUUUGGAUACCUUUCUGGAUCUCUCACGAUCCCUCUCUCUGUUUGUAUAUCGCUGUCUCUCUCUCUCUCUCUCUCUGGCGCUCUCUGUCUCUCUUUCUGUCUCUCUCUCUCUCUCUCUCUCUCUCUCUUCAUCUCGCCGUCUCUCUCUCUCACCCAUAGCUACUGUAUGUUAGUUCACAAUGUUUAGAUCUUAUAUUGUUUCUACUAGGGAUGUAAACAUUGACCAAUGCGCAUCGGUCCCGGUUCAAAUGUUUAACCAGUUAAAUGUAACUAAAAGUAAUCUUAGGAAUGUGACCAAAAUAGCUUUUUACCACCUGAGGAACAUUGCCAAGGUGUGGCUAUUUCUCUCUCAUGCUGAUACAGAGACUCAUCCAUGCCGUUAUUACAAGCAGGCUUGACUACCGUAAUGCUCUCCUGUCUGGUCUACCCAAGAAAGCCAUUGGUCAACUGCAAAACAUACAGAGUGCUGCAGCACGGGUACUGACCAAGACCAGACGGAGAGCACACAUUACACCGGUUUGAAGGUCUCUGCACUGGCUGCCUGUGAGUUUUAGAAUUCAUUUUAAGAUUCUUCUAUUGGUUUUUAAAUAAUGAUAUGAUUGUGCACCCCAAUACAUGUCAGACAUGCUUUUAAGCUAUGUACUCAGUAGGUCCCUCAGGUCCUCUGGCACUGGCCUUUUAACUAUCCCAAAACCUAGGACCAAGAGGCAUGGGGAGGCAGCCUUUAGUUAUUAUGCCCCUAGCCUCUGGAAUAGCCUGCCAGAGAACCUGAGGGGGGUCCUAAACAGUGGACAUAUUUAAAAGAUCUUAAAACACACCUUUUUAGCUUUGUUUUUCCUCAGGGGGCUUUUUAGUCGUUCAGUUGUUAUUGUUAUUCUUUUGUUUUUUAUCCUCUUACGUUUGUUGUGUAGCAAAUAUUUCAGGGUUUUUUCAUUGUUUUUAUUCGUUUUUUCCCGUGAAGCACUUUCUGUUGCUUUCCAUGUCUGAAAUGUGCUGUAUAAGUAACGUUUGAUUUGAUUUGAAUCUAAAAUGUAAUCUACGUAAUCCCCCAAAUUUAAUUAAUUAUGAGAGAGCCAUAAACAAUAACUAGUAAUGCUGAAUAAAAUCUCACCUUUCUGGUAAUUUUUUUUUAUAAAUUGCUGAGGUGUAGUCACUUUUCAGGACACAAGCUCAAGUACACAGAACAAAUAUGAUUAAAAAAAGAAAGUUUAUAUAAAAUAAUUGCCUCCACAGAUAUGGUCUGAUUUUGGCUAGGCUACUCUGAAGCAAGGUAAGACAUGCCUCAUAAUAUGUAGUAAAACUUUCAGGUUUCAAACAAUUAAGUAUAUGUUUUGAAAAUGCAGCGACGUGGCCUGCCUUCCGUUGACUAUGCAUUUCCUGUUUGAGAUGCUGCAGCAGCAGCAGCUCUCUCGCCGUCUGACAGAUUUUCCACUCAAAGACUCUGUAUCUGUGUGCUGUACGCGUGUGAUAAAUAAGAUACAUAACGAAUAUAAACAUAAAUAAGAUACGAUUAUUAUUAUUAUUAUUAUUAUAACGAAUAUACUGUAGACACGCGGCCAAUUUAAUUACACUAAAUUAUAGACUGAUGUUGUUAGAUACUACUGCACUGUUGGAGCUAGAAACACAAGCAUUUCACUACACCCGCAAUAACAUUUACGUCAUUUAGCAGACGCUCUUAUCCAGAGAGACUUUCAGUUAGUGAGUGCUUACAUUUUUCAUACUGCCCCCCCGGGAAUCGAACCCUACAACCCUGGCGUUGCAAACGCCAUGCUCUACCAACUGAGCUACACGGGGCCUACAUCUGCUAAACAUGUGUAUGUGACCAAUAAAUGAUUUGAUUUGAUUUGAAGCAUGACCAAUCAAAUGUAUUUCCAUCGACUGGUGUUUCCAUCAAUGAAGAGGCUAAAAACAUUAUUUCACAAUGGGAUUUCUUCUUCUUCUCCUGGACAAUUGGCUGGUGUCAAUUUUAUAUAUAUCGGCUUUUCUAUUUUUUUAUCGUCCAAAAGUUGGCUAUUACCAGCUAAUGGAAACCUUGACACACACACACACAAGUCCGCUCAGACAGAUCCAGCUCAGAGACCCAGCUCAUGAGCUCCAUCAGCAGCAGAUAUGAAUUUAAAAUGGAAAAUUAAUGUAUUUAUGCAAUAAAUGCGUGCAUUGAAUCGUUUCGCAUCGAACCAAAUCGCUUUGUUACUCUAAUCAAACCGAAUCGCACCGAAACUAAAACGUAUCGUUCCUGUAUCAUAUCGGAGCCCAUGUAUCUAGAUGCGUAUCAUUCCUGUAUGGUAUCAGAACCAUUGUAUCUAGAUAUGUACUGUUCCUGUAUGGUAUAAGAGCCCAUGUAUCUAGAUACAUAUCUAAUCGUCUUGAAAGAGAAAAAUGCGCAUCCCUCGUUUCUCUCAUAACUCCCCCCCAGGUAAGAAGAGAAAGACUCUUUAUUGUCUAUUUUCUUUUCAGAUUACAGAAAAUAUAAAUGAGUCUUUCUUGCUUUUUCCUUUUUCCUUUUGCUUUGAUGUCUAGGAUCAUGUGAUAUCUACAGUCUGCCAGAGGGGAAGAGUACAGUACCAAAAACGGGGGAUGUGCCUACUUACGUCAACACACAGCAGAUCGACGCCCAGGUGCUGGCAGCGCUGCAGGCUGAACAGGACAGCAUGGCAGCAGAAGGGGCAGCGGGUACAGCAGCCAAAGAAAGUCCCAGGAAAGACCUGUUUGACAUGAGUAAGUAGACCUACUUCUAACUGCUUAUUGCUAAUGAGAGAGAGAGAGAGAGAGAGAGAGAGAGAGAGAGAGAGAGAGAGAGAGAGAGAGAGAGAGAGAGAGAGAGAGAGAGCCUGUUAAGUAAUAUGCACAUUAUCGUAUGGCAGAGGGAGCAGCAGCUGUAGCGAAAUACCUGUUUGACAUGAGUAAGAACAACUAACAUGGCUAAUGCUAAUAACUCUAGCAUAUUCCUAUUAAACAUCUAUGAGAAGAAGAAACUAACCGCUAAUUGCUAAUAGCACUAGCAUAUUCCCAUUCAACAUCUACAAGAAGAAGAAACUAACUGCUAACCACUAAUUACUAUUAACACUAGCAUAAUCCUAUCCAAUGAUCCGGUCCGAAUACGAUUUCUACCCCUUCCCUUGGCCCUAACCCUUCAAUGUUUGCAGAUCUGAAGGUGGAAGCUUUACCACUACACUGCUUAUACUUAUCCUUAGACAUGCUAACAUAGAGGGGUAAGAGAACAAGGGGGAUGGAUAGGGAGCGAUUUAGGACCGGCUGAACAUACUUAUAAAAAUAAGAAACCUCACCGCUAAAAUGUUUAUGCUAAUUUUUCUUUUACAUUUUAGUCAUUUAGCAGACGCUCUUAUCCAGAGCGACUUACAGUUAGUAUAACACUAGCAUUAUUCCUAUUGAACCUGUAUAAGACAAAACGUACCACUAAUUGGUAACACUAAGCUGUAUGGAAUUGUUUUAAGGUCAUACCAAGGAUCAUUUUGCUUUUUGAUUUUGAAUUUUAAGACUCCCUUGAAGUAUCAAAAAAAUAUAUUCCAAAAUUAUUUGAUGAAAAUGUUUAUUUGGCCUUACUGCUAUUAGCUUAUUCAAAUGCAUUUAAUAACAGAUUCACUACAUGGAACAACACAUAGUCCCCCCCAAAAAAAAAAAAAAAAUUCUGAAGGAUGUUUGUUCUGAAGUGUCUGGGAGAUCAGGAAACAUUAGUAUUAUUAUUACAUUUUUUAUGAGCAUGGCCUUAUUUCUACAGCAUAUUGGAUGACUGACCUUCAUGUUCCAUUCACCCAGCUCAAUGUAACAUUGAUAGGUUUAUGCUACUACAUUAUACUCAACUUUUCCCUAUACCCAUCAUGAGUUUGACACAACCUAGCCUAUGAAUGACAUUCUACAACGUAGGUGCACAGGUAGAGAGACAUUUGAUUAAUCAAGGUGACAGACAUUGACACAUUCAAUACCGCCUUGCACACUCUCGCCUGCAUCUAGCUGAUCUAGUGUGUAAUCAUUAGUCCAACAGUUGCAAACAAGACUUUCUAUUGGACAAAUUCAGGUAUGUUUAUCCCCUUUGAGUCAACCACUCACCAAAAUGUAUGCACUGCAGUGCUAGCUAGCUGUAGCUUAUGCUUCAUACUAGAUUAAUUCUCUGAUCCUUUGAUUGGGUGGACAACAUGUCAGUUCAUGCUGCAAGAGCUCUGAUAGGUCGGAGGAUGUCCUCUGGAAGUUGUCAUAAUUACUGUUUAAGUCUAUGGAAGGGGGUGAGAACCACGAGCCUCCUAGGUUUUGUAUUGAAGUCAAUGUACCCAGAGGAGGACGGAAACUAGCUGUCCUCCGGCUACACCAUGGUGCUACCCUACAGGGUGCUGUUGAGGCUACUGUAGACCUUCAUUGCAAAACAGUGUGUUUUAAUCAAUUAUUUGGUGACGUGGAUAUAAUUAGUAUAGUUUUAUCUAAAAAUGAUAACUUUUUAAAUGUUUCACAAUUUUUAUUUUUAUGAAAUUUACUGAAGAGGUUGGCCCUCCCCUUCCUCCUCUGUGGAGCCUCCACUGAUAGUUAGGUUAUUCAUGAUUAUGUAUUGCUUGUUUGUUUUUUUGCUUUUGAAGCGCUUUGAGAUUGUUAUGAAAAGCGCUAUAGACAUUUUAUAAAUUAUUAUUAUUAUUAUAGAUAGCUACAGUAGUAACCAAACAAACAGACUUGCUAGUUUAGCUAACCAAACCAUCAGUCCUAGCUUGCUAUUAUGAAAAUCAAAUUCAACAAUGCCAAUAACAUUUUGAAUUCAACUUUUGCUUUCAAAAGCAGCUCAAACAUAGAACAUGUAAGAAUGAACUUCAUAGCCAUUGAAUUAUAUUGUGCAUUAUAGGGAAUUAUACAACAGGUGGGUCUAAUUCUGAAUGCUGAUUGGUUAAAACCGCAUUCCAGCUGGUGUCUAUUCCACAAGUUACCACCGGCUAAAUAUAUGAUGUUAAAAUGGCUAUUUACUCUGUUCCAUCUGACCGAGCAAUCCACUGUAUCAUCAGCCCAGCCAAGCAAUUUAUAAACUUGAUCUCCACUAUAAAAAGCAUCUAGACAUUAUCUCACAUUUAUUUUAGACUAACAUUUAGUUUUCAACAGCGGAGAAUUGUAUAAACCUUGCUGACAUUUGCUAAAUUGUUUCAAUAUUCAAAUUCGAUCUCCAGCUGUCCCAUAGUAAUGAACGUGUCGGGAGUCGGGACAGGACAGGCAGGCAGGCAGCGUUUCUCAGCCAGUUGAAAUCAUGAAUCAGCUGGCAUAAUUUCUAUGGACAUAUACAAAGAAAUGUAAAUUGAAAAAAGGUCAAACGAAACGAAGUGCAGCUAGUUUGAAUCUUUCCACCUUCAGUUUGAAGUGUUUGUGUUAGCUGUGUUGUUGGCUAGCUCCUCUGAACAACAGUGUCCUGACGAGUGAGCUAAUCGCGCCUCAUUAGCUCAUUGUUAUGGAUGUAUCCAAAUAAAUGUCACUAGAAAACAGCUUAAACAAAUGCAAAUGCAGCUACUUUGCUGUUAUUCUGGCUGCACUUUUUGACUGACUGUAAGUUAGCCGUAGUUGUCUAGCUAGCAAGCAAGGGAUAAGAAUGAUGCCAGCCAGUUUGGCAAUGGAACAUUUAGAACAAAUGACAUAGAUACAGAACAAAAAGACUUAACAACUGGGUCGUGUCUCUAGCAACCGAACCGAUAGAACGAACGACCAGCCGGCUUGGGUAGCAACCCUAUAUUUGUGUCGGGACUAUAUCUUGUGGAAGGAUGAAAUAGUAUGAAUAAAUUCAUAAAAAUAAAGUUUUUAAUGAAAAUAUGUUGAUCAUUAUUUGAAUAUGUUGGUAACCCGUUGUAUAAAGUGAUAAUGCCCUCAAAGCCAAAACACUGGCUUCUCUGGCAUUAUCACUUAAAUAAGGCACACUCUAGAAUGCCCUUCAAGCCAAUCAGAAACUAGUAUUCAACAAUGCCAUGGUGUAACAUACAUUGGGCUCUUGAGUGGAGCAGCGGUCUAAGGCACUGCAUUUCAGUGCUCGAGGUGUCACUACAGACCCCCUGGUUCGAUUCCAGGCUGUAUCACAACCGGCCGUGAUUUGGAGUCCCAUAGGGCGGCGCACAAUUGGCCCAGCGUCGUCUGGGUUUGGCCGGUGUAGGCCGUCAUUGUAAAUAAAAAUGUGUUCUUAACUGACUUGCCUAGUUAAAUAAAGGUUAAAUAAAUAAAAAACAUACAUUACACAACUUACGUUGUCCAUGCUUCCCUUUGUACCUGCACAGGCCUAUUUUCACCAUAUAGUAGGCCUCCUGUAGCUCAGUUGGUAGAGCAUGGCGCUUGCAACGCCAGGGUUGUGUGUUCGAUUCCCACGGGGGGCCAAUAUGACAAAUUUUUAUGCACUCACUAACUGUAAGUCGCUCUGGAUAAGAGCGUCUGCUAAAUGACUAAAAUGUAAAUAUUGUGCUCAAAGCUUACAUGUGUUCUUUAUCCCACCACCACAGAGCCUUUUGAGAAUGCCAUCCUGACCCAGUCAGGGGUCCCUGCCCUGCACAAGGCUGGAUCUGUGGAUAACACCAGCCCCUUGUUGGUGCGCUCUGCUGCCUUCAAGGCCCAGGAGGAGCUGGAAGGCCAAGCAUGGUACCACGGAGAGAUGAGCCGACGAGACGCAGAGAAACUACUGCUAGACGACGGAGACUUCCUGGUUAGGAAGAGCACCACCAACCCUGGGUCGUACGUACUGACGGGCAUGCACAACGGACUGGCCAAACACCUACUGCUGGUGAAUCCUGAGGGCACGGUGAGCAGGGAGGAGAAAGGGGGGGGGGGGGGGGGGGGGGGGGUCUGUGUGUGAGAGAGAGAUAGAGACUGAGUAUGAGAAAGCCAAUAAGAGAAAGAGUGAGUGAUUGAGUGAAUACCCACUGGGCACAGACGUCAAUUCAACGUGUAUUCCUCAUUGGUUCAACCUAAUUUUGUUGAAAUGACGUGGAAACAACGUCGAUUCAACCAGUGUGUGCCCAGUGAGUAAGUAAUUGUGAGACAAAGAGAGCGAGAGAGAAACAGUAUGCCGGAGAGAGAAAUAUGUUUACCUGUAAAUAAUAUUCAUAUUAUCCCCCAUGUCACUCACUCACUUUUUUUUUACAACUCUGUAUCUUUUGAAAAGGUGCGGACAAAAGAUCACAUAUUUGACAGCAUCAGUCACCUGAUAGGCCAUCACCGUGACAACAGCUUGCCCAUAGUUUCUGCAGGAAGUGAACUGUGUCUGAAGCAGCCUGUGGGCAACAGGAAACAGUGACGAUCCACUCGCUAAGCCUGAUGGGAGAUGGAGUUCUGAAACAAAAAACCUCCAAUCCCUCCUGAAAACCUGAAACUUGAAGAUGAAAAUCGAGAAUAUAUUAUUGUUGAAAAAGGUUACUUAACGAUGAUGACAGUCGUGUUGGAAGCGGUCUGUGGCAAAGGACGAAGAGAAAGAAGAGGUUUGCUGAUAAAAAAUGAUUUAUAGAACUGUUAUUAUUUUGUUGUGAUGAUUGAAAUGCUAUAUUUUUGAGAAGACAUAUAGGUGCAUUUGGGACAUAUAUGUUGAUUUGGUGUUUUAAAAACUAAAAAAACAACUGUUAGUAGUUUAGAUGACAAAGUGCAAAUUGACCUCAAGGAGGGGAAAGAAAAUAGUAUUUUAGAUUAAAACCCUACAUUUUAGUUUUGUCUAUCAAGCACAACCAGAUUUACACAGUCAUUGGUAAGUACGAGUUAGGUAGAGGAAAACAACUAUUUGAAAAUGCUGUUGUUUAUAUUGAAACUAUUUUAGGAUUAUUUGUCCUUUAUCGCAGCUAUAGCGCGACGACAUCUUCACUUGGGGUUACUAAUGAAUCUUUCCUGGUCCCAGACCUGUUUGUGCUGUCUUGCCAAAACCUUUGG